AUCAAAUCAGACAUCUGAGGUACUCGUGGUCAUCAUGAGGGCUUUUGCAGUCAUCCUCGCUCUGGCUGUUUUCUCCGCCUGCCAUGGACGGAGCGUCCUUCAGGAGGACUGGCAGACCACGUGGGACGCCACGGUGGACAAGUUCAAGGAUUACAUCACAGACCUGAACACCAGGGCCGACGAGAUGGUGAAGGACAUCAAGAGUUCCCAGAUCAGCCGAGAGUUGGACACCCUGAUCCAGGACAGCAUGGCGGACCUGGCCAUAUACAAGGACAACCUGGAGACCAAGAUGGCUCCGUACACCCAGGAGGCCACGGAGCGCCUGGGGAAGGACCUUCAGCUGCUGGGAGACAAGAUGAACGUCCACAUCACCGAAGCCCGUGAGCAGAUGGACAAGUACUACCAAGAGCUGCAGACCAUGAUGGAGCAGAACGCCGACGACGUCAAGCUCCGAGUGUCGGCCUACAGCCGCAAGCUGAAGAAACGCCUCCAGAAGGACACGCAGGAGGCCAAGAGACACAUCUCCGACUACAUCGAAGAGCUUCAGGCUCGCGCCUCAGACAACGUGGAGGACAUGAGGCUCAGACUGGACCCGUACUUCUCUCAGGUUCGGGACAACGCCGAGGCCAAGAUCAGCACCCUGAACGAGCUGCUGAAGGCCCAGGCGGAGACCAUCAAGGAGCGCCUGGAGGACACCACCGAGGACCUGGGCUCCUCUCUGGGCCAGAAGAUGAAGGAGCUUCGGGACUGGUUCCAGCCCUACGUCUCUGCCAUCAGAGAGGGCCUGUAAGAGUCCAGAGUCCUGGUUCUGGCCCGGUUCAUCCAGUUACAAACCUCACAUCAGAACAGUUCAUGGGAGACGUUCAUGUAAAACGUGAAAAUGAAUAAAAAACGUCCGAAUACGAGUUUCACUGAGAACCUUCAGCCUGGAAAGACUUCAGGAUUCACUAAAUAAAAACAAAGUCUGGACUCAAAA